AAAAAUCUUAUGCUUUCUGAAAGGGAAAAUCUGUAUUACAUCGUCUUUGAACGGUACAUUUAUCAGACCUCAAAAUUUGAGCGGACCUUUUAUUGAGACCACGAUCCUCAAAGCCAGCUGUUUCUAUGGAAACAGAACCUAAGAAACAGCAGAGAAGAAACUUCAUAGCCAACAGGGAGAUUGAAUGUUGAUACUAACAAAAAUAAGGCCUCUUAAGUCUUGAAAUGUCUGCCCAAGAAGAAAUUGGAGAGACCCAAGGUACUAAUGAUGGUAACAAUGAAGGACAGAAGCCGCAAGAAGGUGAGCCACCGGGUGAAAUCGCAGAAGAACCAACACAGGUCCUCGACCAAGAUGGCGCGGGCGAUGAUAUUAGUGUAGAUCCUGCACAAGCCACUAACACGGUUAAAGAAGGUGAUGAUGAGAUCGGAAAAGCUGAUGAAAAAGAAGAGAAAGUUAAAACCGUUGAUACAAACGAUGAUCCUACAGAUGCAAAUCAAACGGAAGGAGUGAAGGAAACUCCUGUUGAGGAAAAGACUGAAGAAAAUAGUCGCAAAAUGGAGGAAACUCCUAUGUCUGUCGUUAUUUCGGAACCGGAUAAAGACGUGGAAACUCAAGAAUCGAAUGCUCAAACAGAAGGAAGGGAAUCGCCUGUGGGUGACGCGGAUGUUUCUUCUGCUAGCCCUGGAAAAGUGGAGGACAAAGUUGUCGAAACGAAAUCGGAGAGUGAAUCACCAUUGGUUGCCCCACCGACUUCAAAAGCUGACAGGUCUGUAGACAGUGAAACACCGAUGAAAGAUACCAGAGACCAAUUGGAAUCCGGAGGAAUAGCCAGGGAUGGCUUCAGUGCAAAUGUGAAGUUCCUCAUUAUGCCGGAGGGUCAUGUACAGAGCAUGACUUGUUCAUUAAAGCAGUCCUUCUUAGAGUUACGAAACCAUUUUGCAUCAGAAUUUAGCCAGCCGCCACAGGCAAUACUGAUGAUAUUUGAUGGCAAAAUGGUGGAAGAUCACACUGUGCUCUCAGAUCUGGGUGUCCAAGCUGGGCAGACAGUGGAGGUGGAAAUUCAGUCAUCAGACCCUAUCAAUACACCUUUGCAGUACAAACAGUCAUCACCAAUGUACAAACUACCUGACAAAAUUAAUGUCAGGGUGGAAGUGGGUGGAAAGGAGGUUGAGCUUGUGGUUCAUAUUGUUCAAGAGAACAGGAAAAAACCAUUCUUGGGAGGCUACAGACACAGACUGACAGGGACAGAGUUCCACAAUGCAGCUGCACAAACUUUACCCAAGAUCCGUGUGCCUUCAUCUGUUGAGAAGUUUCAUCGAGACACACAAACAUACAAAUUGAGAAACAGACUUCAGCAGACCACAAAUACAACAUCUACACAAAUGACCAAGGAUGGCUGUUAUGUAUCAAAUGUCACAGAUAAAAUACUGAUUCCUGGGAAAUAUGAAACAGCUGACCAAUACCACGGGAAGAUAUUAAAGAAAGUCAUUGUCCUUCAAACUUAUUGGAGGAGAUGGCUGGCCAAGAAUUAUGUCCAGCGGUUAAGAGAAGAUCGCUUGAGACGUAUAGAGUGGGAAAGACAAGAGGAGCUCAGAAAACAGAAAGAAAGAGCUGAACGAAUUAAGAGAGAGUGGGAAAGGAGAAUGAACCCUAAGACUAAAGAAGACUUUGAUCUCCUAUAUGCUCAUUUAGAAAAAUGGCGUAAUGAAGAGAUGGCGUUGAUAGAUGAGUUGUACUCAGGUCCAGAGAGGAAAGCUGCUCUUGUAGGACUUCUGGAACAAGAAGCCUACCUUAUUGCCUCCAUUGAUCGGCAUAAACUGGUGGCUGAUGAAGAAAACAAUGACAAAAGGAUCAAGAACUUCUUGAACAAGGCUGCUGCUCCCAAAAAGUGGAAAGCUUUCGACGGUAAAGUUACUGAAAUGGACACACCAUACACCAUCCGCGCUCAAGAGUUACGGGACAUUUACAGCACGCUGAGCAUGAAGUACCUCACCCAAGAUGAGAGGUUGGACGUACUGCUGACCCUCAAACAUACUGUAAAGGAGCAUGACUGCAAACUGACACAAGAGAUAAUUGAACUGAUCGAUAGAGAAGCUGAUUUGCUGAUGCGAGGAGUCAAGGAAUCAAAUUUAGAAGGUUUACGCAAGAGAAUAUUAACCCUUUUUCUUCAGUACUGCAAAACGCCUCUCUUUAACCCAGAAGCGGCCCGACUGAUCAAGGUUCCGCAAGAUCCUGCCGUAUUACGGAAAAAUAUCUACUUCUGCCCAAGCUGCAAUUCGUAUUUACCUUCCACUGAGUUUCAGCUGUCGUCAAAUUCCAAGGUUGUCGGAAGGUGUAGAAAGUGCACGAAACUUGAUAACGACGCCAGGCUCAGACAUGAGUUGUCACAAUAUCGAAUCAUGCUGAAAGAUCUCAGACGUUCUGAGGAAAACGUUGGAGACGGCUCCAAGAUCGCCUACCUGCUGCAGGAGCCCGACCUUCGCUAUUUAGUUGAGAACAUUUGGAACAGUCAGAGCGUGUUGAGCGCUCAUGAAGAUCUGUUUGACUUAGUGCUAGUUCGGUGGAAAAAAUACGAGGAAUGGUCACCGUGGAACUGUAUUUUACUCACGAAAGAAGAGGCUUCAGCUCAUGCGAAACUUGAAAACGUCACUGAGGCUUACGGCCGAAUGUUUAUCGGCAAGAUUCUUCACAAGCAUGUCCUUGCAAGGAACUACUUUUCACGUCUACCUGGAAUGGCUGAACAUAUGAAGAAAAUUUCUGGACAGAACAGAGGAACUGGGAAUAAUGGAUUGAGGGCAGCUUCACUGAAGGCUUGAGUGUAGUGGAUGAACUUACCUACCCAGAUGUUCGUUGCCUUAAAAUUUUAAUUGCAGAAAAGUUUUAACUCUACUUCCCUUGGAUGGGAAAUUUUAGGUUUAUAAAGGAAUGUUUUUCACUGUUGUGAAUAGAUUAUAUAUUUUUUAUUUUUUUCUCGGGAAAUGUAAUAAAGUCUUCUCAUUGCUGUGUUGUACAUAGACAGUUAGAAACAUUAACAAUGUCAAACUUUACUCGUCAGCACUUUUCCUGCCACUCUUUAGCGGUUCAUCGCAGUAGCCUUUGUUGCCUGACUGUUAGCGUCUGCGGGAAACCAAGGGAAAUUUUUGAUUUGAAUGAUUUUCAUAUUGAAUGGAUAAAGGCGGAUCUGGAAGAAUUGUAAGGCGACGUUUUUCGCACUGUGACUAAACUUUUGCUAGGA